AUGGUGUUGGACUACAGCAAGUGGGAUGCUCUCGAGCUUUCGGACGACUCGGAUAUCGAGGUGCAUCCAAAUGUCGACAAACGUUCUUUCAUCCGAGCCAAACAGGCCCAGAUUCAUCAGCAACGAGAGCAACGGCGUCACGACAUCCAAACUCUGAAAUAUGAGCGUAUUAUCAACGAUGGCCUCCUUUCGCGAAUCGAGAAGCUCCUCUCAUCAUUUAAAGAGAAAGAUGGGCCCUCAUCCGAUCCCGAAGAAGUCAUCUUUUCAACGCUCAUGGAAUUAGCAAGCAAUCCCGCAGAUGACCAGCCGCCCUCAGCCCCAGAGGGCGUUCAUACGCAGGAAAAGGAGCAACCGAAAUAUUCUCAGAUGAUGAGUGCGUUGGUGGAUCAAGUCAAGAAAGAAAUUGAAGAAUCAAAUUCCGACAAUUCACUCCAAGCAUAUGUCAAGGGUGUGCAGGGGCAUAAGGACAAGGUUCAGGGUUUACAAAAAGAACUGCUCGCAAAGCUUGCGGAGCUUGAGAAGGAAGAGGGCAGCAAAAUUACAAGUGCAUCUAUCCAUACAGGCUUCGACACUUCGCACGUAGCCAGGCCCAAGGACGCAACGCCGACGGCAGAAAAAACAAGUUCAGUUGAGUUGCUGAACCCGAAUGCGACACCAGGAGCUUCAGACCAAGAUGGCAAUGACGACGAAGCUGUUGAUGAUCCGGAUAAUAUACAAGCCAGCGAGAUGGCCAAGGAGUUUGCGAAAAUCGAUCGGAAUGACUACCGUGCUCUGCACCGAUACAUAACUGAUCACCCGAAAAUCGUUGCAGAGAAAGAGACGGACGGUUUACUGGUUGAAGCGUUUAAUAGUCAAAUGGAAGGAAAGGAGGAUUAUGCCCGACAAUGUGUGCACCAAGGCCUGUUAUUGCAGUAUUGCCGCUCACUUGGCCCCGAUGGAAUCUCACUUUUCUUCAAACGUAUCACAACAAGAGAGCACCAAGCAGGCACUCUGUUCCGGAAUGAUGUCAAUGAAACGUACAACAAGAUCAAAACUCGCGCUGCUGAACUAGCAAAGGAUAGUUCUGCAUCUAGCGACCCCGCUGGUGUAGAGCAAAUCCAACUCCAUGCUGUUGACCCGAACACCAAGAUCACCAUAAACAUUCCUAAGAGCGAAAGCAGCGAGCCCAUCGAGAUCGAAGCGCGAAAAAUAUUCGACUCUUUCUCUAAGGAUCUGCAAAAGGCAUUAGCAUCCGAAUCAUUGGACGAGGUCAACAAGGUUCUCGGGAAGAUGAGUGUCGAGGAGGCCGAAGACGUGGUUGAAAAACUAGGGGAAAGCGGUAUGCUCAGUCUAGAGGAGGGUAUUGUCGAUGCUACCACGGAGGAAGGCCGGAAGAAACUCGAAGAGAUUGAGGCGGAGGGCAAGCGAGAGAAGGAGGCGGAGGAGGUCGGGGAGCCCGGGGGCGAUGUAACUGAAUUGGAUUGA